AUGGCGCCCCCUCCUGGUGUUUCACAUGAUUCUGGGUAUGUUUGCAAGCUGAAGAAAGCGUUAUGGUCGUAUCAUUCUGUCUUUAUUGUUGAUGACAUGAUUAUUACGGGUGAUGAUAUUGUGGUAUUCAGUUUUGAAGACAAAAUCCACUUUAUACCGUACUGUUUUGGGAGUUUGGUAUAUCUCACUAUUACUCGUCCAGAUAUUGCAUAUGCUGCUCAUGUUGUUAGCCAUUUGUUGCUUCUCCUACUAAGUUCAUUGGGCAGCUGUUUCUCGUAUUUUGCGAGCAAGAACACAUCCAUUGUUUCUCAAUCUUCAACCGAAGUAGAAUAUCGUGCUAUGGCAUCUACUACCAAAGAGAUUGUUUGGUUACGUUGGUUACUUGCAGAUAUGGCGUUUUCUUUUUCUCAUCCCACUCCUAUGUGGGUUGAUUCUCAAGCUCAAGCUCAAGCUCAAGCUUCAAUGGUUGAAGCCACCAAGAGUUUUUCUAACUCUGUUGAGUGCUACACUUGUAGUACUCAACCGGGUAUUCCUUUUUUCCACUCUACUACUUGUGACAGUGCCCACCGCCCCAAAUGGCAGGCUUUAGCUGGGUCAUCCCUCAUCCCCAUCCGGGUCGAACCCGAACAACCCGACAUGAAGACUGUCGUCGGUUCGACCCGAGAUGAGGGUUUUCUGGUUCGGUUCGGUUCGGUUUUGGAUCCACGAAGCGAGUUUGUACGAAAGUGGAAUAGGGUGUUGUUGGUGGCACGUGGUGUCGCGUUGGCCGUCGAUCCUAUGUUUUUCUACGUGUUCUCGUUGUAUAUAGGCGAGAGUGGGGUCCCGUGUGUCCACUUGGACGCUGAGUUGGCAGUGCUGGUGAGCGUUGUUCGCACGUGUGUUGAUGUGGUGCAUCUCUUUCACAUCUGGCUUCAGUUCAGAUUGGCUUACGUGUCCAAGGAGUCCCUUGUCGUGGGGUGUGGGAAACUCGUGUGGGACGCACGUGCGAUCGCCCAACAUUACGUGAGGUCUCUUACUGGAUUUUGGCUUGAUGUUUUUGUCAUACUACCAAUCCCACAGGCAGUCUUGUGGUUAAUAAUUCCGAAGCUCAUCCGAGAAGAUGAAAUUAAGCAGAUAAUGUCAAUUCUUCUGCUAAUGAUCAUGUUCCAGUUCUUCCCAAAAGUGUACCACAGCCUGACUUUGAUGAGAAGAAUGACCAAAGUUACAGGUUUCAUUUUCGGAACCAUUUGGUGGGGCUUCAGCAUCAAUCUGAUUGCCUACUUAAUUUUCUCACAUGUUACAGGGGGAUGCUGGUAUGCUUUAGCCACACAACGUGUUGUUUCAUGCCUCCAGCAACAAUGUGAAAGGAGUAAACACUGUGGUGAUUUUUCUCCGUUUUGCUCGAAAAUCGGCGACGGUUCUCAAACGUUGCCAACGAUGAUCGGGAGAUCAUCGUGCUUGGAUGACAAUGGACCCUUCAAAUAUGGGAUAUAUGCUGCUGCCCUUCCUGUCAUUUCUAGUAAUUCUCUUGCUGACACCAUUCUUUAUCCCAUAUUCUGGGGAUUACUAAACCUGAGGUAAUUAUCCUACCAUCAAAGAAUCAGAAUUAGCUCGUUUGGCAAUGAACUUGAGCCCACAAGUGACUUGCUAGAAGUGAUGUUCAGUAUAUGUAUUGUGCUCUGUGGCUUAUCCCUCUUCACAUUAUUGGUUGGGAAUAUCCAGGUGUUACUUCAUGUGGUCAUGGCAAGGAAGAAGAAAAUGCAACUGAGAAGUCGAGAUAUGGAAUGGUGGAUGAGACGGAGACAAUUGCCCUCUCGUCUGAGAUGGCGAGUACGCCAUUUCGAACGUCAGAGAUGGGCAACGAUGGGAGAGGAUGAAUUGCAAUGGAUAGAUGACCUGCCUGAAGGACUCCGGAGGGAUAUUAAACGUCAUCUUUGUCUAGACCUCAUAAAAAAGGUGCCAUUAUUCCACAACUUGGAUGAUCUUAUUCUCGACAACAUAUGUGACAGAGUGAAACCCCUUAUUUACUCUAGGGAUGAAAAGAUAAUUAGAGAAGGCGAUCCAGUGACGAGGAUGUUGUUCAUCGUUCGCGGGCGAAUAAAACGGAGCCAAACUCUAAACAAAGGCAAUGUAGCCACAAGUGUGCUAGAACCAGGAGGCUUUUUAGGCGACGAGCUGCUCUCCUGGUGCCUUCGUCGCCCUUUUACAGACCGUUUACCUGUAUCAUCAGCGACAUUUACUUGCGCAGAAGCCAUGGAAGCAUACGCUCUUGAUUCUCACCAUCUGAGGUACAUUACGGAACACUUCCGGUACAAAUUCGCCAACGAAAAGCUGAAGCGAACAGCCAGAUAUUACUCAUCGAAUUGGAGAACCUGGGCAGCUGUGAACAUACAAUUUGCUUGGAGAAAAUACAGGAUGAGGAUUAGAGGUCCUAUGAAUCCUGAAAUGGGCAGUGGGGGCAUCGAGACUAGGCUUAGACAAUAUGCAGCAAUUUUCAUGUCAGUAAGACCACAUGACCACCUUGAUUAGUGGCAAAAUUUCGGUUAUUGUAAUUCCCAAUAGGAAAAUUUUAUUAAAAAAUUAUUUGUAACUUAGAAAAAAAUUAAAAGAUUUUUUUUUUUAUUUCUAAGUUACAAGGACAUAAGAGUUGGGCUAGUAGUGGCAGGCAAUGUAGUGGGUCUA